GCUUCAACAUUCAGUUAAAUGCCAAUUCAACGCUGCUUUCAACAAGUUUGUGUCCUUCACCCAACUCAACCAAUAUGUCUACAGCACAUACCUUCCAGUCCCCCUCCGUCACACUCGAAAAAGGCGCGUACCGCAUGCGCGCACCACACAGUACCCGUCCAGGUUCUUCCCUCAGCCAAAGCAUAAUGAGCGCGAAACAGCCUCCACUUCAGUCGUUGCACUCGCAAAACAGAAAGCUCGCAGUCCUCGUAGGCAUACUGGCUUUCGCGUCAAUCACGUGCUUUUUCAUCGCGUAUUACCUAUUCACCACGAGGUUCGCAACCUCGUCCCCACUCCCGCUCCGUGCUGACGACGUCCCCAAAGCAAACAUGUCCCUGCCAACCGCUCAUGAUGCGCAGAGCAAGUACCUGUCGUACUUCCCACAUAGCGGUCUGCAUAACCAACGCAUAGCACUCGAAAACGCGCUCGUACUCGCUAAACUCCUUAAUCGUACACUUCUUGUUCCUUUCCUCCGGCUCGGAAAGCCCAUUCGCUAUGUUUCAUUUGAAAAGCUCAAACGUUUUCUUGCUCUCGGCUCAAAAGUUGGGCUGGAACACUGCCCUCUCGUCCCUGCAGGUGUUGUUACUCCCGACGAAUGUGAAGGAUACGAUGAGUGGACGCAGGUUCCGUGGCAGUGGGUUAUUGAUCUGCACGCGGUAGGGGAGGCAAUCGGAGUAGAGAUGGUGCAGUGGGACGGGAGCGCUGAGUGGAUGACAAAGUUGAAUAUCUUUGACGCAGAUACGUUGACGCUACACGACACUGGGCCGUACGAUUUCCGGUUCUUGGACACCCUUGAUGAUGUAUCACCCACGCGGGACAAAUAUCAAUAUUCCAU